UCCAUUUUCGUCCGGAAAAUCACGGGAAAAUGGCAUUUAUUCAAGCCAACUCCGUCCGAGAAGUUGCGGUCGGCCAAACUUCACGUGCAAUAUCCUAUGUGAAAAAAGUCGUAUUUUCUGAAGAACUUCAACAAAUAUAUCGGUCUAAUUCAGGUUAAAGAUGGCAAAGGCAAAAGCAGCUAGGAAGAAAAAGAUUACAGAUGGGGUCAAUAAAGGUGGUCACAGCAUGAACCCUGAUAGGCCAAAAACUGGAGAUUCCAACAUGAGAGACAAGGCUACUGUAAAGAGAUUAAAAAUGUACAAAAAUUUCAAAGCAAAGAGGGACAAGAAGGGGAAAAUCUUGACACCAGCUCCAUACCAGUCAUGGCUGCAGUCGGGAACAGUAGCACGGGUAGAACCAAAUAGGAAAUGGUUUGGUAACACAAGGGUCAUCUCGCAGAAUGCACUUCAGACCUUUCAGGAGGAGAUGACUAAGGUUAAGAAAGAUCCUUAUAAAUUUGUCAUGCGUCAGACCAAACUACCCAUCUCAUUACUGAAUGAAACAGCAAAAACGGCUCGAGUGCACGUUUUAGAUACUGAAUCAUUUGAAUCCACAUUUGGGAAGAAGAAAACAAGGAAACGCCCCAGUCUGAAAGUAACCGAUAUGGAAGCAUUGGUUGAACAGGCAAAAGAAGCUUGUGACACCUAUAAAUCUGAACAAGACAGAGAUCUAGCCAGAGAAGAGCCAGACUUCAGAGAUGAGUGUAAAGAGAUGGUAUUUAAAGCUGGACAGUCCAAGAGAGUCUGGAAUGAACUCCACAAAGUCAUCGAUUCUUCUGACAUUCUUAUCAAUGUCCUGGAUGCAAGAGAUCCUCAAGGUACGCGCUGCUACCAGGUUGAAGAAUUCCUGAAGAAAGAAAAGCCUCAUAAGCACAUUAUAUUUGUACUAAACAAGGUGGAUUUGGUUCCAGUUUGGGUCACACAGAAAUGGGUUGCCAUUCUCUCAGCAGCUCAUCCAACAUUAGCAUUCCAUGCCAGUAUGAUGAAUCCCUUCGGUAAAGGAGCGUUGAUCAACUUACUGCGACAGUUUUCCAAACUUCACACGGAUAAGAGACAAAUUACUGUAGGGUUUGUUGGGUAUCCGAAUGUUGGGAAAAGCUCAGUCAUUAACACUCUGAGAGCUAAGAAAGUCUGCAAGGUUGCCCCCAUAGCUGGAGAGACCAAGGUGUGGCAGUACAUAACAUUGAUGAAACGAAUAUACCUAGUGGAUUGUCCAGGUGUAGUUUAUCCAACAGGGUCAACACCAACAGAAUGUGUCCUCAAGGGAGUUGUACGUGUUGAAAAUAUCAAGACACCUGAAGAUUAUAUAGAAGCUAUGCUUAAAAGAGUGAAGAAAGAAUAUAUCUACAAGACAUAUGGUAUAUCAAGCUGGACAGAUCAUGAAGAUUUCCUAACCAAGUUUGCAAAGAGGUCUGGAAAAUUGUUGAAAGGAGGGGAUCCAGAUUUGAGCACAUCAGCUAAGAUGAUCCUUAAUGAUUUUCAGAGAGGUAGUAUUCCAUACUUCGUAAGACCCCCUGGAUCAGAAAAUGAAGAGAAAGAAGAGAGCCAGACUGCAGAAGGUGAAGCAAAAGGAGAAGUUGUAAAGGAAGAUGAAACAGGAGAUAAAGCAGCUGUUAAAACUAAAAAGGUUCCAGUGGUUCAUCAAGAUUAUAAGAAGAUAAGGGUUGAGCCAAAAUUCAGUGGUGAUGAUGUGAAACAGUUAGAUUAUGGAAAUUGUCAGGAUGAUUCUGAAGCAGAAUCAGAUGGAGAUGAAGAUGAUGAGGAUGUAAGUGAUGCUGAAGACAGUAAUGAAAAUGCUUUGAACGAAAGUCAUGAAGAAGAGGGAACAGAAGAUAAUAGUGUAAAUGAUACCAUAGUUAUUUCAGACAGUGAUGAAGACAAAGCAGACAAAAAUGGAAAAGCAAAAAUAAAAAUAGAUUUGAAAAGUGACUUAGAAUUGAGAAAAGAAUUGAAGAAAAAGAAACGUGAUAAAAAGAAAGGACACAAAUCAGUUCAGGGAAGUAAAAUUGAAAAGAAAGGUAACCUGAAAAAAGAAAUCAAUCAGAAGAAAAAGAAAUCUAAAGUUAAGGAGUCUGCAAAAAAUAGUCCGGUAUUAGUUGUUGAUGUUGAAGAAACAGAUAGUCUUGGAAAGUUCACUGCUGCAGUAGAUACAGAGGAAAGUACUUCAGAUACAUACACCAGUGAAGGUAAACCUAUGGAGAGCUAUAUGGAGCAAGGAAAGCAUUCUUUGACUGUAUUUUCUGUAAAGGACACAGCAGAUGUUACUUGUGUAGAGAUGGAACCACAGUCAGUAGCAGGCAUUAGUGAUAAGUCAGUGUAUGGUAAACAAGUGAAGUUACCAAAGCAGAUAACACAAGGUAAAAAUAGUAAACCUAGCAAGAAAGGAAAGAAGAAACGUCAUUUAGAAGAGGAAGAACCUGCAGAACCAAAGCUUAGCAGCAAGAAGAGGAGAAGGAUGGAGAGAGAAAUGAAACAGAAGAAGAUUGGGGUACAUUUCUACGAUUCUGCAAAUGUGAAAAAUAGGAGUUCUAGGAAAUAGGAGUGGAAUAGACUUUUAGAUGGCAUGGUUUUAUUGAUUAUAAUAAAUGUUUGAUUUUAAACAGUUGGGUAAAAUAACCUGUUGAAACUGUAUGCAUAAAAAUUAUGCAUUUAAUAAGACAAUCUUGUGAUAGUAAUCCAUCUUUUUAAAUUGAUAAUUCCAUAUAAGAAUGGCUAUACUGGGAUUAAUUGUUAAUGAAAUUAUUAGAAUUUUAGGGGAAAAUGUUAUAAAUGGAAAGUUGUUAUUAAAUAUGAUUGUAUUGUCA